GUCGAUGUUGUACAAAGUGCCAUUGUUGCAUGUAUUAAUUCUCGCAUAAAUGUAUCAACUACUCGAUAUAGCGGUUUAGUUAUGCUAGAUAGAAUCUUAUCUGGAUGCUCAAAGAAUAUAUUUUUAAAAUAUGCUUUAUUAUGGAUAAACAAAAGUAUUGAACUAUUAGAAGACGUGCACACUGUCAUACAAGAAAUACCACUGGCAUGUAAAGUAUUAGGGUUUCUUCUUGAAUAUUGCAAGAAAAUCCCUGAAUUAUAUAAACAGAUUUCUAUGCAAAACAUAAGGCAGCUAAUACUUGUAGUUGAUACUUUGCUGAACAAUGAAGAAUGCGGUGCAAUAUAUUAUUUGAUAGCUGUUAUGCUGUACCAUUAUCCUGAAGUUUGUGAGCGGUCACAGGAGUUAAUAAAGAAGAUGAUAAUGAAACAAAUAGAUUCGAGACAAGAGCAUUUGAUUAACUCAAGUGCCAAAUGCUAUAUUCUUUUAUCUAAGGCAACAGAACGCUCGUUUAAACCACCAGCCACCAAAUCCAUGUAUACUCGAUGGACAUAUAAUCAAGCGUUACUUUGUAACAAUUUACAUGCUAUAAUGGACGAAUUAUUCUCUGAAUUAAUAGAGUUGAAAACUGUGGAUAUUUGGGAUAAACUGGAUGUAUCUCCUAUAUCCGAAAAGAAUGUGAUACAGUAUUACAAUGACCAGAAACAGAGAUUUUUUAAUUUCUGCAUCUAUCUCUCUUCAAUGUUAAAUGGAUAUGAUACAAAAAAUUCGGUUGUACCUCAUGAUAUCUUAGAGGUUUUGUGUCGAGGAUUGGCUAUUACUCCGUUAAAUCUGAAGGACAAAACUUCUUUUAAAGAACAGAUGCUAUAUAUAAUUUUACCAAAAUUACAUAUUGGCUUACUCACUGUUUUAAAUGCACUCAUAAGCAGAUUUGCACAAGAGCUGAUACCAUUUGGAAAAAUAAUAUUAAGUCUGUUCCAACAAAUGUUGCAAUGGACAAGUACAGUUUUAGAAAAUCAUUUAACAUUCAGUAGUAAUAAAUCUUUCAAAAAUGUAAGAAUAUCCAUUUACAAAUGUCUCUCUUCGUGGUUAAUCAAUACAUAUUCACUCUCGGGCAUAGAGACAAUUGCAAAUGAAUGUUUUACUUUCAUAAUGAAGGACAUAACGCCAAAACGAGAUCGUGUAUUAUUAAUUACCCAAAAAUCACAGCACUGGUCUAAACGAGUGAUAAAACGUUUUAAAGAUAGUCAAUAUGAAAACAGUGCAAUUUUAAAUAAGGAAAAUUCAGUCGCUGAAAACGAAUCUUUAGAUGUAGAUUUGUGCCAAGAAGCUCUUAUUACUUUACAAAAUAUGAUUCAUAGUGGUGGAAUUUUGCUGAAGCAAGCGUUUUAUAAAGUACGUCUAUUUUUU